GUCCUCAUUUCCUUUUUUUUCUUUAGCCUUUUGGAUCACACAACCAACAAAAUCCCCCAAAAUCACACAGAUGGCGAUGACGUCAGCAGCUACCGGAUUUAUCCUGACGGCCAACGUCACUGCGGCUGUAGGCGGCGGUUCUUCGGCGUCUUCAAAGAUCGCCGCCGUAUCUUUCUUGCCGAUGAGAAGCUUCGGUUCGAGGCUAGUAGUCAGAGCGGCUGAGGAAUCAUCUCCGACAACUGCCUCUUCGGAGGGUUCUUCGACCACCGCCGCUGCUGCUCCGGCGGAAGCUCCGGCCGCAAAGGCUAAACCUCCUCCGAUUGGGCCCAAGAGAGGUUCUAAGGUCAAGAUUCUAAGGAAAGAAUCCUACUGGUACAAGAACGUCGGAUCAGUCGUGGCCGUUGAUCAGGACCCGAAGACCAGGUAUCCGGUUGUGGUCCGGUUCUCAAAGGUGAAUUACGCGAAUAUAUCGACCAACAACUACGCAUUGGACGAGAUCGAGGAAGUAAAAUGAGAGAUUUGGUUUAUCUAUUAACCGGUUCGUCUGUUUGUAAUCUUGAACCAAACCGUAUGUACCAAAACGUUUACCAACAAUUCAUCUUUCCCUUUCACAAUCUCAAAGUUGAUAGCAAAUUCCAAGUUGUGAAUAAUGAUGGAUCAGCAACUGCGGUUUAUUAA